AUGGCAAUUCUAACUCUAGCUUCCCUGUUUAUUCUCUGCGUUGUCGCGGUCACAGUGUUCAAGGCCGUCACUCGAGCCCACGCAUCCCCGUUAUCUCAAAUCCCUAAUGCGGGAUGGGGAGCAGGCUACUCAAGGUUGAUCUGGGCCUUUCGCCAAGAAUACCGAGGCCACGUCACCCUCGAACUCCCAAAGCUGCAUGAGAAAUUAGGCCCUCUUGUCCGAAUUGGCCCCAAUGAACUAUCAUUUUACUCGAUUGACAUUUACGACACAGUCCACAGGGUCAACAGUGGAUUUGUGAAAGAUCCUCGCAACUAUGGCGAGUUCGUCCAAGACGAGCACCCCGCACUCUUCUCCAUUACAGACCCGCAUGAGCAUUCCAAACGGCGAAGAAUCCUCGGCCAGCUCUUCAGUCGCAGUAACAUUGAAAAGCUCGAAGAGCUCAUGCUUCAUCAUAUUGACGAAUUCAUCUCAGCAGUCGGAAAACGAAGUGUCUCUCUUGAUAUAGGCCCCGCCUGCCGUGCCCUUGAGGCAGACAUCAUCUCGCAAUUUUCAUUCGGCGAGGCCCUAUCCGCAGUCUCUGCCUGGUCCAAAGGAGAAGAAGUUGCCUUUGUAGCGAAGAAUGACGAGAAGGCAACAUUUCUGCCUCUGGUGAGUACUGGAAACUCCCAAAAUCGACAAAAGGCUGAUCGUGGAGAUUAUGAACUUUCCAACGUUGGGUUGCAGCAAUAUGAUCAGUGGACGUACCAAGCUUGGGUCAGAAACAAAGAUUCAGACCGAAAGUCGCCGUUUCCAAACCUGCUCAACGUAAUGGUAUCUGCCGGUGUACCAACACAGACCGCUCUAUCAGAAGCCAAAGAGAAUCUGGGACCCGGAACCGACACCACCUCUGCGUCCUUCGCGCACAUCUUGUUCGCCCUUUCGUGGAACCCGACGUUUCAGCAAAAGUUGUACCAAGACCUUGCAUCUCGCGGCUUCCCUACAGAUAUGAAUACCUUGGAAAGUAUCCCUCGCUUGAAAGCUUGCGUGAAAGAAGGUAUUCGUUGGGCUGGUGCGUCUGUUGCAAUGUUGCCGCGUGUGGUUCCGAAAGGUGGCGUUGAGCUAUGCGGAAAGUUUGUUCCCGAAGGCACAAUCAUAACUUCAUCCCCGGUCUGGUAUCUCAGAGACAAGUAUGCUUACCCGAAUCCGGAGCUAUUCAACCCCUACCGCUGGAUAGACGAGUCCGGCAUGAGCGCUACUGAGGAUGCAUUACGAGACAAAUUCUACAUUCCGUUCUCCAAGGGAGCCAAUACCUGCAUUGCGAAUCACUUCUCUUACCUCGAGUUGUACCUGAGUGUCACGAAGAUGGUGGUCAAUUUUGAAAUCGCCCCCGCAGAUGAAAAAGCUAGACCUGCGCAGCUUGCCGGACUCAAUAGUGCGGAUUGGCAGCCUGUGCAACUUCCCAAGAGGAAAGAAUGGGUUUCUGCGGUGGUCAGCGAACCUCUGCUUAUCAAGACAAAGCCACGAAGGCGGCUGUGA